AUGUCUCCUGCUGCUACAGCCACUGCGCUUGCUACACCCACAGCGCCAACAACAACAGAUGCCUUGCCUGGCCACGUUGAAAACCUAACAGGUGCUCAAACAGAUAUGCUCAAAGCCAUGUGGAGUCGUCUAUUCGAACUGUUCAAACAAAAAGGCACAGAGUAUAAACCAGAACCAAAGACAGAAAAGGCUCCUUCUGUCAAGAAGACGGGCUGGUUUGGUAAAAAGGCUGCAACCGAAGAAAAGAGUACAGAUGUUUUUCUUGGCACCACAACCGAUCCUUCUUGGAUGAGCUUACCUCUUGAAAAGGCACUGCCCUUGAUUCCCGGUACACAGCUUCGAGCUACCUUUUGGAAUAUGGUGGCCACAGACAAUCCGGACGCAGUUGUCCUUCGAUUCCUGCGUGCUCGAAAGUGGGAUAUAGAUGCUGCCUACAACAUGAUCACCAAUACACUCCGAUGGCGUUUGCAUAUGCGUGUAGAUGAUAUCGUUGCUCUUGGUGAAAAUGGAAUGCGUGAUGAAUUGAAUAAGUUACAACCUGAUCUUGGUGAUUGCUUCAUCACUCAGCUUAAUUCUGGUAAGGCUUAUUUGGGUGGACCUGACAAAGCUGAUCGUGGCAUCUGUUUCAUCAAUGUCAAUCUACACAGAAAAGAAGAUCAACCGAGUGAAGUGAUCAAGCUUUUGACAAUUUACGUUAUGGAGACUUCUCGAAUGAUAGUGCAUCAACCUGUGGAAGCAGCUUGCAUCGUUUUCAAUAUGGACGGAUUUACAUUAAAAAAUAUGGACUUUGAUUUUGUCAAGUUCCUCGUUACAUGCUUUGAGGCUUAUUAUCCAGAGACACUAGGAUCUUGCUUGAUCCAUAAGGCACCUUGGGUUUUUUCAACUGUCUGGUCUCUGAUCACACCUCUUUUGGAUCCUGUAGUCGCUAGCAAGAUUCAUUUUACAAAGGACGUGAACGAAUUGACACAGUAUGUUGAUAUUUCGGCUCUUCCAGGCAAUAUUUCUGGCGAAAAGGAUAAAAAGACAAAAGACGAAGCCACCAAAGUGGAUCCUGUUUCUCCAGGCACACUUGAUAAGCCGUCAACACCUGCUUAUCAAGAAUAUUUGUCCAUGAUUGAAACAUACGAGGCAGAGACAAACCAAUGGACAAAGAUUAAAUCGGCUGAAAAGGACGCAAGCUGUAGCGCUAGACGUGAGCUCGCAAGGGAAUACCGCUUGGCUCGUGUGAAUGCAGAAAGAGAUAUACGAGGCCCUUCUUCUUAUGAAGCCAAAGGUCUGGCCACAAUAAACGAAAAGGGUCGUCUUAUUCUUGAUUUUGGUGGUGACUGGACACCUUUAGAUAUUACCGAAUCAGUUUAA